AUGGAACAAUCGAAGCCACAACGACGAACUAAUAUUUUCGAUUAUUAUCGUACGAAUAAGCAAAUAAAAUUAACGGAAGUAUUGGAAAGGUCGCCACAAAAGGCUAUUACUCGUUUUGAAGAUCUUUCAAAUGAACUUUUCUAUGAUGUUUUCAAUUAUCUGGAUGUUUAUGAUGUAUACAAAGCUUUUUAUAAUCUCAAUAUACGUUUACAAAGUCUUCUAAUUGAUUCAACUCUUCCUUUAAAUAUCAAUAUUUCAUCGAUGUCUAAACCAAGUUUUCAAAAUUAUCAUAGACAUAUGAUUAUGCCAAAUAAACAUCGAAUAAUGUCAUUAUCUAUAUCCAAUCCUUUUGUUGUCGAUCUGAUUUUUUCUCCAGUACGAAUUGCAUCAUCUUUUACUCGAUUAGAAAAACUUAUUUUCAAUAAUAUUAAAUCAAAAUAUCUUGUAAAUAUUCUUCAUCAUUGCGCAUCUUUACCUAAUCUCACAUCAUUAAUCAUCAUUCCAAUCGAUCAUGUCUCAAAUCGAAAUGAUCUUUGUGCUACAAUCUUUCGUUUACCUAAAUUAAAAUAUUGUGAAAUGUCUUUGAUAGACAGUAAUCAAUCAAAUUCAUUGACUAUUUCAUCUGAUAUAGCAAGUCCUGUCGAGCAUCUUGUUAUCAAUAAUACACUUUAUUUAAACGAACUGAAUGCUUUGUUAACAUAUGUUCCACAACUUCGUCGUUUAACAUGCAGAUCUCUCUCUGGAAACGAUAGUCAAUAUUUAAAAACAUUUUCAGAUACUUCAAACAAUUUAACACAUGUUUAUUUCGAUACAAUAAAUAUUGAUUUCAAUCAACUGGAACAGAUAAGUAGAAGUUUGUUUAAACAACUUCAAGUAUUAUAUAUUUCAACAGAUAAUGAUAGAGAAUAUUUAAACGCAAAUCGAUGGGAACAUUUAAUUUUAUCAUAUAUGCCAUAUUUACGUAUUUUUGACUUUCAGUAUAUGGGUUUUGUUGAUAAUGAUAUUAAUCAGAUGACUUAUGAUUCUAUAAUUAAUCAAUUUAGUUCUUUAUUUUGGUAUGGUAGAAAAUGGUUUUUUAAAUAUCAAUUUGACUUAAAAGAAUAUCGAAAUCUAUUAGUUUUCAGUUCAUCAAAUCCGUACAGGAGAAAACAACAUACUUCAUAUAAACUAGCGAAACAUAAUGUUCGUAAACGUUCCGGAAAGAAGAAUCUGAACUCAGUAAAUUAUCUUGAAAUCCAAGGUGAAGAUGCAAUGGCGAGUUGUGUUAAUUAUUUUCCAAAUACUACAAAACUCACGCUUUCAAAGAAUUUCAAUGGAAACAGUAUAUGUCUUGAACUUGCGCUCAAACGUAUUGUUUAUUUAACUCAAUUAACAACAUUAGUUAUUGAAUGUUAUGAUUUUAAUUUUGAACAAUUGAUAAAAUUAUUACAUUCUACGCCUAAUCUUCAUACUCUAGCAUAUAAUUGUGUUUCAACUUAUGAAAUAAAUGUGAAAUUAAUUCAACAAAAUGAGUUAUUUCGAUUAAUAUCUUCGAAAAAUAUGAUUAAGAAUGUAACGAUUACAACGAGCAACUCAUUAGAAAAUAUCAAAUUACUUAUUGCUCUAUGUCCUCAAAUGCAAUAUUUUACCAUUAAUCGAUAUGGGCUACCUCUUGAAUCGAUGACAGAACUUAUAUUAUCAAAAAGUAAAGCUCACAUUCAACAUCUAUGUUUAUUAGGUAUAAAAAAUACAACAAGACCAAUGGUUGCAAUAUUGAAGACUUUAAUUGAAUCAGAAGGAUUGUUAGACAACUAUGUAAUUAAAUAUAUUGAUUCUGACAUCUAUAUUUGGUGGUAA